UUUUCAAUAAUAUUUUAACAUGGAAGUUGACAUCAGUGAGGAUUUGAAACAUUUGCAUCUCUUGACUAUUAAAUUUACGAUAGGAAAUGAUUCCUCAAUUGCAAACGAUUUAUGUGAUGUCAUCAGAAACAUAGAUGAAGACACUCUACUUUUAGUCAAGCCUCAUAUCUUGAUGGAAAUUUGCAAAUCUUUAAAGCUCGCAAACAACUCGGAUCGGAAAAUAGAAUUAAUUAAAGUAGCAAAAGUGUUAUUGGAUAAAACACCAGGAGGAGCUCUUCAACAGGGAGGUUUUUUUAAUGUAUUGUCAGGUGUAAUUUCUUCAGAUAUAAAACUAACUUCCGAAGAACUUUUUGUUUCUGCUUUAGAUUGCUUGUUAGUAAUAACUACAAAAUGUCCAUUAGAUAUAAAGCAAUGUAUGUUUAUUAAGAUGAAUGCCCCAUUUUUGGGAAAAUCAAUUUAUGCAGCUUCCCAAUUGGCAAGAAAACAUGCUUCUGCUGAAAUAAAAUAUUUGGCUUUGAAAUUCAUUUCAUCAAUUUGCAAUAUUGAUGAUUGGGAUCUAAUUGCUACCGAAGCGCAACAAGAGUUUAGAUCUAGAAUAGCGGAAGUAUUAAUGUUUUUUUUGCCAGGCUUAGUAUCAGCUUGUCAAGAAAUAGCUUUGCAAAACAUUAAAAAGCAGCAUCGGGUAACAGUGAUAGCAUUGCAAAUUUGGGGUCGUGCGAUUGCUAUAGUAAUGGAAGAUGAGAAAAAAACUGAAAAUGAGGUGCUAACAGCAAAUGAUUUUCUAAAGCUUGUAAAUCCCGUGCAAGUUCCUGGAGAAAAAUCGGCAAAAGACUGGUCAAAAGCUGGAAAAUCAGAUCUCAUAGAGUAUCUUAAUGAGUCAAAACGUUCAACAAAAUGGAUGCAAGAAGCUUCUUCUAAAAUUGCUAAACUAUUUCCGCAUUUGACUCCGAUAAUUACUCAUGAACACCCCGAGGUUAGGUUGAUGCUUGUAUCAUGCUGCGAACUCAUACUAAAAUAUGCUUGGAAUAAUUGUGGGAUUUGCAACUCUGAUUUAUUGGUAAUAUUAUUUAGUUUAUCCAGAGAUGAAAACCAGAAAAUUGCGCAAGUCAGCGAAUCAAUUUUACAGAGCAUCAUAAAAGAAAGAGGUGCUAAAACUGUCGUGCGAGUUAUUGAAGGUGUUUUACAUAAACGGAUCUCUGACAUACCAAAUCUAAUCAAUACGAUUGACGAACGCGCCCUUAUGUCCUCAUUAGACUUUCUUAUCGGAGUUUCAAGUUGUUUAGGUAAAUUAGCUGACGAAAUUUUUACUCUUCAAACGCAAGAGCGUUUAUUAGAUGUGCUGACAGUUGUUAUUCAAAUAGACAUAGCUGCCGUUUCUUUAGAUGAAAGUACGUCAGAAUUAGUGCUUUUGUCAGACAACCUGGUAUUACUCAGAUCGUACCCAGGGUUAUAUGAAGGAAGCUUGGAAAUCCGGUAUACCGACAUGUCCAUCACAAAUGACGAUGAAAACAAAGAUCAACUUUUUUCUGAGUUCUGUAAAAAUUUACAUGAAGUAAAAUAUAAUACAUUGCUUAUAGCUUUGCAGUGUGAAGCCGUGGGAUCUAUGGCCAUUGUAAUGGGAGAGGACUUCAGACAUUUUUUUUUGAAAUAUCUGUAUCUAAUUAUUGAAAGAUGCGGCCAUCGCAGACAAUGUAUUCGAAAUUCCGCUUUUUCCGCUGCUAAAGAUUUGCAAACAUUUUCGAAAGUUGGUAGUUUUUCUGAGCUUAUAGAGGUUAAUGCAGAUUACUUAAUAAAUAGCAUAUCUGUUAAACUCAAUCACAUAAUACAUUAUAAUGCUCCUAAUACUGGAGUUCUAGAUGCUUUGGUGAUAGUGAUAGAAAAUUGCAAGAAUCCGAAGCAUUUGAGGUCCUUUGCCGAUGUUUUAACAAAGUUGGAGGAGUUGGAUUUUAAGCAAAAAGAUGUUAUCAUUAGUUUACUGAAGGUGUACAAGGCAUUUGUAAAACAAUUAGCUCUUGUCCAUAGCACUUAUUCUGUGGCAUCUAAAAAAGUAGAGCCAUGCAGUACUAGUAAUCUAUUGCAUUCUAUUAAAGAGCUGCAACAGGCUAUUCAAACAGAACAAGAUGAAAAUAUGAUAGAUGUUGAAAAUUUUAAUGAAUCUGAAGCUUAUGAACUUACUUCAGAUGCAUGUAUGGAAGAAGAUGUUGAAAAAAAAUUACCACCAGAUCACGUUACUUUGGUAUCCGCAAUUUUAAAACGAAGCAUUCCAUUUGUAUCAUCAGAAAAUAAUUAUCAUAGAUUAUUAUCAUUAGAUAUAGUUCAUGCCGCAUUGCCGCUUUUGUCAGAGCACGAAGACACCUUAUUACCAGCCCUUCACGAAAUUUGGAACCCAGUAGCAUCGCGAAUGAGAGGAAGGACUGAUGCCGAAUUAAGCGUUUUAAGAAAGUCGUUUUCUGUAGCAUGUGCGCUAGCCUCCUUUGGGAAAGAUUUCUUGAGGCAACGAGCAAUCGGCAGUGUUUUGGCUAACGCAUUGAAUUUUCUGUUAUCAAAUGCUCAGGAAACUAAAUCAAAAGCAGAAUGUUCUGAAGCAUAUAGGCAUACUCAAGUAUUCAAAUUGCAACUUGAGAUACUUUCAGGUUUGGGAGAACUAUGUUAUAACCUCCAGUUUGGAGAAAAGACCAGGUUCGAAGUUAUGGCGGCUAUAUAUAGAUAUCUUCAUGAGAACGCGAUUUCGGAGUUACGAGAAGCUGCCAAAAAUGCAUUUAUCAGGAUGGCAAAAGAUAAUCCUGCUGAUGUAGCACAUUUUUUGGCUACAAUUUGGCCUUUGCAAACUUUGUCUUGUGAUUUGGAAAGUUUUCAUUUGCAAAACUUUAGUACCAGUGUAUUAGAAAUAGAAAGAACAAUUUACGAAAGCUGGUGAACUUUAUAUUCAGUCUCCUUGGGAUUCACAUAGCGCAACGUUUCCGGAAUUAUUAUACCGAGGCA